ACUCUUUUUACUCUAAAACCAGCAGCACAAAAAACUCUCAAGAAAAAAAUCACUUCCGUAGGGUUUCUUCUUUUCUUCAUCAUCUUCAAUGGCGGACGAUUCACAAUACUCAACUCGAACAACAACAGAUAAUAACAAAAGAAAACAUGAAGAUUAUCAUGAUAGAUCACCACCGUCAUACUCAUCUCGUCGUCCAUCUGGUUUUUCAGCUCCAAUCAUCGAUUCAACACAACAAAACCCUAAUAAUUCCUAUAAUCCUUCUCCUAAUGAUGAGAUUCAACAAGCUAAACAAAAAGCUCAAGAAAUCGCUGCUCGGAUUUUCAAUUCUGCUGAAGCUAAACGUCCUCGUUUCGAAAACGGCGAUGGCUACAACGAUGAACCUAAUGAUUAUGGACAGAAGCAGCAACCUCAGCAGAUGCCGAUUUAUGGCGGUGGUAUGAAUAUGGCUUCUUCUGCAGUACCAACUUCAUAUGGUUCUGCUCAAGGUGGAAGUAAGAAAAUUGAGAUUCCGAAUGGGAAGGUUGGUGUUAUAAUUGGUAGAGGUGGUGAUAAGAUUAAGAAUCUUCAGCUUAUGUCAGGAGCUAAGAUUCAGAUUACUAGAGACAUGGAAGCUGACCGUAAUGCUCCAACGCGAGGGGUUGAACUUAUGGGUACUCCUGAUCAGAUUGACAGAGCUGAGCAGUUGAUUAACGAAGCUCUCGCUGAGGUUGAUACCGAUGGAGGGUCUGGUGCUGUUCCUCGAAGGUUCACAGGGCAACCUGGAGCUGUGCAAUACCAAAUGAAAGUUGCGAACAAUAAGGUUGGUUUGGUCAUUGGUAAAGGAGGUGAUACCAUAAAACAAAUGCAAGCUAGUUCUGGCGCUCGUAUCCAGGUGAUACCAUUGCAUCCGCCACCUGGUGAUACCUCAACAGAAAGAACUGUGUAUAUCGAUGGCACUCCUGAACAGAUAGAAUAUGCCAAACAAUUGGUUAAUGAGGUCAUCAGCGAGAAUCGGGUCAGAAAUCCACCUAUGGGUGGAGGAUAUCCUCCUCAACAAGGUUAUCGUCCUCAACAAGGUUAUCGUCCUCAACAAGGUUGGGCUCCUCCUGGGGCUCCCCCAAUGCAGCAAACUAGUUAUGGUUACGUGCAGCAGCCUGGAGCAUAUCCUACUCAGGUACCCCAGGGCAGCAGUGGUACAUCUUAUCCUGCGUAUCCAACACAACCAACAUCAGGUGGAUAUCCAUCUGGGUGGGACCAAACGUCCGGUCAAACCAAUCCACAGGGCAGUGGUACUGGAUAUGAUUACUACAGUCAGCAACCACAGGGUGGGGCUUCAACCGCAACAGAUACCACUGGUUAUGGUUACGGUUACGGUCAGACAGCCGGUUACGGUCAGACACAUGGGGGAUCAUAUGGAGAUUCUGGUUAUGCUCAACCUCCAGCUGGGCAACAACAAGGUUAUACUGAUAUGUAUGGUGUUUAUCACCCACCCGCACCUCAACCUGGUUACGGUUAUGGUGGGUCACAGGCAGGCUAUGACCAGAGCCAACAGAGUUAUGGUUCUUCAGCAAAAGGACCAACUUAUGGAGCACAAGGACCUACUGAAGUACCACCUCCAACUUCACAGGUAGCACCUGUCCAGCCUCCAACAUCAGCCGGAAUUGGUAGUCAGCAGCCUAACACUCCCCCAAGCUAUCCUCCUCAAGGGUCAGUUCAAACAAGUUAUGGCGGCCAACCAACACCUCCACCUAUGGCUCAGGCUGGGUAUGGACCCCCACAAGGGCAGAAGGCAGCUUAUGGUCAGACUCCACCUCCUUCAAGCACCCAAACAAGCAGUGUUCAGUCGGCCCCAAUGCAAUCAGGAUACGGACUACCUUCCGCACUACCUCCCCCACAAUCAGGAUAUUCACAGCCAGAUUCAGCUCAGUAUCGCACUCCAUCAGGUUAUGGCUCAGCACCAGGAUAUGGGCUUGCUCCACCUUAUGGUGCACCACAGCCUGCUGCUCAACCAGGUUAUGGACAGGUUCCACCUUAUGGUGCAUCGCAGCCUGCUACUCAACCAGGUUAUGGGCAGUCUUAUGAGUCUAAGGUUCCUAGUUAUUCCAGUGAUAGUAAUGUGGGCGCUGCAGCGCAGAAGUCUAACUCCAACGAUACUACCCCAGCUUCUCAGAGUGGUCAACAGACUGGAGCUGAAAAGGCCUCACCUAAGAGUUGAUUGUAGUUUAGUCUCUAGAUUUUUCAGAACUUACCAGUAGAUGUUUACGAUGUAGUUAGUGUUUUGAUUUGCGAGUAUCGGAUACUAUCAUGUCGAAUAUAUGGGUGCGUUUAUGUUUUUUUAUUUUUGCAAAGAUUGUUAUGUUUUUCUCUUUGCACUUGGUUUAGCUGCUGCAGCCUGGUUCUGAAUUGUUCUUUGAUUGUGUGUUGAACAAGUUUUGAUCA